AUGACGCUGGGCAACCCGCUUCGCAGAGUGCUGUACGGCUCACUUACGGGCACGGCAGUUACCUGGGUCAAAGUGGAAAGCGUACUUCACGAGUACGCUACCAUUUCGCACAUGAAGGAAGAAGUGUCGGAGUUUCUGCUGAAUGUCAAAGGCAUAAGGCUGCGCUCCGAGUCGGACAGGCCGGGCAAGUUGCGGCUCGAAGUCGCAGGCGAAGGCGAAGUGUGCGCCGCCGACAUCAUGGCUUCGUCCAACUUCGAGGUCGUGAACCCGGAGUUGCACCUGGCGACACUUGACUCGCCGGAAGCGAAACUCGCGGUCGAGUUCAAUGUUGAGCAGGGCGUCGGCUACAAGGAAGCUGCCAGUGGAAACGACCAGUCCAUCGGCACGCUACCUGUGGAUGCAGUGUUCACGCCGAUUCGAAAGGUCAACUACCGAGUAGAGCCUACCCGCGUGGGUCAGCGCACUGACUAUGAGCGUCUGGUCAUCGAGAUUUGGACGGACGGCACAAUUCAGCCUAUCGAAGCACUCAGACAGGCGGGAGACUUACUGAUGAACAAGUUCUUCUUGUUCGCCAAGGUCCAGAUGGACUCUUCCGAGGCAGGUAGUCCCGUGCUGAUUCCAAGCCUCUCGCCCGAGAAGUACAACAUCGUUGUAGAGCGGCUAGACCUUUCGUCGAGGACGCUAAACUGUCUGAAGCGCGCUGGCAUCGAUAAGGUCGGAGAGGUGCUUGAAAAGAGCAAGGAAGAGCUGAUUGCCAUCCGCAAUUUCGGCGAGAAGUCCUACACUGAACUUUUCGACCAGUUGCGCGCAAUGGAUCUCCUGCCGCCUAACCUUGACCCCAAAAACACAGAAGGCGCGGCAAGUGCCGUAGCAACUAUUGAGGAGUAG